AUGUCUGAAAGCGAAAGAAAGAAGAGAUCACAAUGUAUAGAUGUUUGGGAGGAAGCCGGCUCGGAAUUCUACCAAGAAAGCUAUCCAGGCAUGGAAGCAGAUUUAGAGGCAUUCCAAAAAAAUCCAAAUAAGCUUUCUACUUUAUUACCUAGUAAUAAGACAAGAACAGCUAGGAAAAAAAUCAAUAAUGGAACUGUAUGCUAUCAAGCGACAGCUACAUUAAAACCGGUGGAAUAUGGAACGCUAUGUCAAAACACUAUGGGUUGUAAUAACGAAAUUCAAAUAUCGUUAAUGCCUGAUUUGUCAGAGAAUUUAUCUAAUGAAGAGCUUGUAUGGGAAGAAAUUAUGAAAAUUAAAACCAUGCCAAUUAGUAUGGCUCACAAGAAAGAAUUAAAAGCAAAACUAAAAAGUGCAGAUGCUUUUAGACUUCAAGGUUUCCAGCAGCUCAAAUGGCAAAAGCGAAAAAUUUGUAAUUGUUUGAAAACCAAGUGGUUAGAGUUUUAUAAUAAAUUCCAUUUAUGGAGUUCGAGUCUGAAAAAAAUCGAAGGCCACUGUGGUGCGGGUGUAGUGGAAUUCUUUCUUUUUAUAAAAUUGUUAAUUUAUUUAAAUGCUUUCACAAUGGUUGUGGUUUUUAUUGUAUUGAUACUUCCUUCAGUUUAUUGGGUAGAAUUAAAAGAAGGAAUCGCACCAGACCUCUGGAAUGAAUGUGGUUCGAGUAAUGAGAGUGCCUCGAUUGAAUGUUGUAGUGCUAUUUAUGAGAACACUACCAGGAUAGCCAGGCCCCGAGUAACCAUACAUUACGUUAUGGAUAUUAUUCAAGGUACAGGUUGGGUUGAAACGACGCCCAUGUAUUAUAGUUACUAUCCUAAUCAACAGUUCAGUGUCGGAAAAUUAUUCACUUAUCAUAUACCGUUAGCAUAUAUCGUUUCCACCAUUAGUUAUUUUCUUUUGUUUUUUUUGAUCAUUGUUAGGAAAUCGAUUAAGGGAUUUAAACAAAGAAUGGUAGAAACUCAAGUACAAUAUUAUUUGUAUUCCAAUAGCAUUUUCAUUGGGUGGGACUUUUGUAUUAACAAUAAAAUACCGGCCAUAUUGAAACAAAAGGCGAUAUUCAAUGAGCUGCGUUCGUUUUUGAUAGCCGAUAGACCGAAAUUCGAAAACAGGAAUCGCAGUAAGCAAGUCAACAUUAUAAUAAUUAGAUUGCUCAUUUCAUUUUUAGUCAUUGCGUUGAUCGGAUCUGCUUGUUUCUCAGUUUAUCUGAUUUUUUAUUACUCAAUAAAGUUGUUGCAGCGAGAACAAACAUUUAUGUGGGCGUUUUUGUUGGAAUUUGCGACACCGGUAGCGAUAACAUUUUACAACAUAGUGUUACCAAUUAUUUUUGAUGUUUUUUUAAAGUUUGAAAACCGUUCCAUGUACCAAGAAACCCGAUUAUGCAUAUUGAGAAUAAUAUGCGUGAGAUUAUCGCUUUUGGUCGUACUGUUGGGUUCAAUUUAUAAGCUGAUUAACUGCGUGCGGGAAAAAUCUCAGUGCGCAAGUGCAUUGUGCAAUUCUCCGCUUUGCUGGGAGACAUACGUGGGAAAAAUUAUGUAUAAGCUUCUUAUUGUUGACGUCGCGUGCAAAAUCGGCAUCACCAUUUUGAUUAGUUGUCCCCGGAGCAUACUGGUUAGGCAUUUUAAAAAUAAUCUCUUCCAAGUGAUGUCCAAUCAAGAACUCAAUUUGGCCAAACACGUAUUGGACGUUAUAUACAUUCAGAUAAUCGUGUGGUUGGGUAGUUUCUAUGUCGCCCUGCUGCCAGCCCUUGGCCUAGUAUCGAUGGUGAUAAUGUUUUACAUAAAACGGUUUUCUUGUAUCGUAAACUAUAGCCUAGCUCAAAAGGUGUACAGCCCGUCGAGAGCACAUACAAUGAUCAUGUCCAUGUUACUCAUGUCUUACGUCCUUUGCGUGACCACGUGGUUAGCGGUUGUAUCAAAAAUAACGCCAUCCAGGUCUUGUGGUCCGUUCAAAGGACUACCGUCUAUUUGGAGGGUUUUGAUCGAUUUCAUACGCACCAUACCUCCGUGGACGAUUACAUGUUACGAAAUACUGUUUAGUGUAAACUUUGUGGUCCCGUUGAUUUUCAUACUUUCGUGCAUCGUCUACUACUAUCACACCGUUAUGGGAUCCAAUAAAAAAAUGAUUGUGGUUCUUCGCAAGCAACUUGUACUUGAAGGACACGACAAACAGUUUCUGUUGAACAGGUUGAGUGCGUUUAUUAAACAACAAGACAGACGUCGCAAAGCCACCGAAAAUAACGGUGAAAUCGACGUAUUGCUUUCUUGA